UGGACAGAGUGGACACUUCAGAGCCGCACACUGCGUUUACAUUUGGGACAAUUCUCACGUUAAAUGUCUGGAUUACUCCUCACGCACUCUUCAGUUCAAACUGCUUUUGUCUGGUUUUAUGUUCCUCCACUGUUAACUGACUUCAGACGUUUUUGAUGCCAGAUUGACAUUUUUACAUUGUUCCAUCUGUGAUCGCUCUGAUGCAGCCUUUUGUCCAGUUUUUGCUUGGGCAGGAAGUGGAUGUGAAGUCCUCCUUCAGUAAAAAUGGCCGCUCGUCUGAGUCCGGAGAUGCCUCCCCUGGUGCAGGUCAGUCCUCUGGUCCGGCCAGGUCCUGGUUCAGUCUGGUUGUAGUCCUAGCUCUGAUUGGGCUCUGGAGCUCCAUGGCGGUGGUCUACUUCGACGUGGUGGACUAUGACAGCGUUCUGGCCAGAGCGAAGGAGUUCCGGCAAAACUUUACAAAUGUUUUACAAGGUAAAUUGUCAGCCUAUGAUUCUGAUGGAGAUGGAGACUUUGACCUGGAGGACGCCAAAGUUCUGCUUGACGAGACGCGACCAGGGCCCAACUCUACAGAGCGCUCCCUCCGCGGCGUGAGGCUCAGAUCAGCUCUGAAACAGGAGCUGCGAGACCUGCACCGAGCAAUGGAAGCCAAGAGACUCACAGAAAUCCUCCUGACAGCGUUCAGAGAGGCACUAAAGGACGAAAAGGAGGAGCAGAGGAGGGAAAGAGGAGAGGGGAGGCAAGGAGAGAGGAGGAGGACGGGAGGAGAGAGGGAGCAAACCGCCGACAAGCCAAUCCAACGAGAAGAAAUACCAGAGGAAAUUGAUGAAAAAUUUGAGAGCCCGGGGAAAGGGAAAACUAGACGACAUUUUCUAGAAAAGCAACAAAAAACUGUCACUAUGGAAAAGGAGAAGAAGGAUAAUGGGACCAGGGAAGAGACGAGAAAGAUCCAAAUGGAUAAAGGACAAAGCCAAGUCACAAGAGAAGGGACGUUCAAGAGAGUGGAGCACGAAGAGGUUGGAAAACUGUUCAAAGAAACUGAAAAAAUGAAAGCACAAGAAAAGGAGAUGGGUAAAGUUAAGGACAAAAUCAAGAUGACCGUGUCUGAAAAAGGACAGAUUAUGAGAUCAAAACGUGCUGAUGAAGAGAGAGAAUCAAUUAAACUAAAAGAAAAAGAUCGGCUGACUAAAGAGACGGAGGUAAAGGAGAAAGCUGAAAAAGAACAAGCAUCUCAAAUAAAGGACACAUUACAACAGAAACAGUUGAAAAUGCCAGAAUCGCUCAUAAAAAUGAAACUCGCUGAAGAAGAGAGGACCGUUAAGGGAAAGGAGGAGAAGCCAAUCAAAGCAGACGUAAGAGCCAAAACUCAACAAGAGAUCAAAGGCAGUUUGACCAAAGAUACAAUCAAAAUGGACCAGAUUGACCACAAAAUUAUAAAAGAGCAGGUAGCAAAAAUUAUUGUGGAGGAGAGAAAGUUUGCAGCUGAAAAGGAAAGAAAGGAUGAACAAAAACAAAGGGAACUAGACAAACGGGGGAAAGAGACAGAGGAGAAAAACAAAAUUGCCGAACUGAAGGAAAAGGAAGCUAAAGUUCAGGUGGAAAGACGACAGAGUGACAAAAUGGAGAAGGAACGCGUGGCGAAAGAGGAGGCAAAGAACAUAGAUGCUGAAAGAGAACAAGAAAAAGAAAAGAUAGUUGGUCAAAAAAUUGAAGUGAAACAGGCUGAACUAAAAGAAAGCACAGAACAAAACAUCAAAUUGGAACAUGAGACCAGGGAGAGAGCUGAAAAAGACAGGAUUGAAAUCAGUUUGGCUUCUAAAAAACAAGAGGAAAUACUGAAAAAACAGAUGGAAGAGGAGAUGAUGGCGAGAGAGGUAUCGGUUAAAUUAGAGCAAGAACGAAUAAAAAAACCUCAGAUAGAAGCCAAAGUAAAAGCGACACUUGAACGACAAAAAAGUGACAAACAAAAUGGAACUGAUAUAAAAAAAGAGAAGAUUGAGUUAGAGAAAAAAGUGGAAAUUGAAAAAGGAGAGAGAGAACAACUGAAAAUUAAUAAACAGGCAGAGGAUGAGAGAGAAACUACUAAAGAACAGAUGGCAAAACGGAUAAGUGAAAGAGUGCUCAAAUCUGAAAAACAAAAACAAGAGAUGGCUGAGGAGAAGAUCGCACAGGAUUUGAUGGAUCAGCACAAAAUUGAGAAUGAAAGACUUCAACAAAGGCCAGUUCUAAAAAUGCCAACUUCUAAAGAAAAUGCACAAAUGGAGCAACAAAUCAGAGCAAAAUUACCACAUAAACACACUGAAGCAACACAAAAAAUAGCUACUGAACAGGUGACGAAAUUAGAAAGAGCAGAUGCAGAAAAAGUGCAGGCUGAGAAAGAGUUGGCGGCUAAAAAACAAUUGGAAAAAGUGGAAAAGGACAAGAUCGAACAAGACCAAAUUAAAAAGGCUGAAGCAGAAAAGGAAUCUGAAGUUAUAGCUGUGAAAGAAGUUUUGGCAAAAGAGAAUUCUGAAAUGGAACCUAAAAAGAUGAUUCAAAAGACUGGAUCAGAAGCAGGGAAAGCAGGGAAAGUAUUGGAGACAAAACUGAGGAUUCCUGAAGCACAGAGUCAAAUCGGACAAAAAAUGGUUACAUUUACAGAUGAAAAACUGAAGAUGAAAAUGGCAGAAGGAGAUGGACUAACAAGACAAAAAGAAAUGGUUAAAAAGAUCAUUGGAGAGAGAGAAGUGAAGGAACAGAAUGCAACCAAAGAUGUCAAAUUACAACAAGCAGAAAAAGGUCGAGACAAAACGGGCAUUUUGAGACCAGCAGAGGCCGCGGUCACUAAAAGCACAACGGUAAAAACAGCUCAAGACCAAGGACAUGUGACAAAGGAACAGAAUGCAGCCAAACUUGUGCCUAAAGCUGAAAAUGAACAAACUAGAGCGGCCAUUUUGGGUCAGGCAAAGAGGGUAGUUUCUCCAGCACAGACUGUUAAAAAGAUUGAAGAACUGGUACCAAUUGUAACUAAAGAAGAACUGAAAUAUAAACAAACAGAACCAGAAGUGUCAAAAUUACAAACUCAGAAGGCAGCCAUUUUAGGACAACCUGAGAGGAUUGUCACAAAAGCACCGCUGCUUAAAACGAUUGUUGGACAAGGGCAAGUGAUGAAGUUACAGAAGGCAAACCAAGUAAAUCUGCAGAAACCACUAAUUCAACAAGAAAGAGUGACGUCAGGACAAACUGAAAAAGUGCAAACUAAGGCGGCCAUUUUAGAGCAGGCAGGGAACAUAGUAGCUCAAACAACGACGGUUAAAAAGGUAGGACAAGAACAACUGGUGAGAGAACACGAUGCAACCAAACUGAAUUUGAAAAAAGAUCAAAUUCAACAAGGAAAAACUGUGACUUUACAACAAACUGAAUCAGUCCAAACAAAGGUGUCCUUUUUAGGACAGGCUGGGAAAGUAGUUAAACCACCAAUGGUUAAAAAGCUGACAGGACAAGAACAACUGGUGAAGGACCAGAAUGCAACUAAACUUGUGACUAAAGCUGUAAAUGAACAAAUUCAACAAGAAAAAAUGAAACUACAACAGCCAAAGGAGGAUAUUUUAGGACAAGCAAAGAAAGUAGUCACUCCAGGACAGAUGGUGAAAUCACAAAUGGAUGAGGAACGUCUUGUAAAAGAUACUUCAGCUGAAACCAGGACUAGGGCUGAAGCAAAACAAGCAACGCCAGACAUUUGGGGCCAGGCAGGUAGAGUAGUCAAUAAAGAACAAGAGAUUAAAAAGAUUUUAGCAAAGGAGCCAGUGGUUAGAGCUGAAACUAUACCGAUGAAGCCGGCCAUUUUGGGUCAGGCAGGUCGUGUAGUUGCUCAACGUGUGUCUGAACAGCAGAAACAGGCUGCAGCUGCCACAGGGGCUAGGCCUGAAGCAAAACAAGCAACUUCAGCCAUUUUGGGUCAGGCAGGUAGAGUAGUUGCUAAAGAACAAGAGGUUAAAAAGUUCGUAGCAAAGGAACCAGUGGUUAGAGCUGAAACUAUACCGAUGAAGCCGGCCAUUUUGGGUCAGGCAGGUGGUGUAGUUGCUCAACGUGUGUCUGAACAGCAGAAACAGGCUGCAGCUGCCACAGGGGCUAGGCCUGAAGCAAAACAAGCAACUUCAGCCAUUUUGGGUCAGGCAGGUAGAGUAGUUGCUAAAGAACAAGAGGUUAAAAAGUUCGUAGCAAAGGAACCAGUGGUUAGAGCUGAAACUAUACCGAUGAAGCCGGCCAUUUUGGGUCAGGCAGGUGGUGUAGUUGCUCAACGUGUGUCUGAACAGCAGAAACAGGCUGCAGCUGCCACGGGGGCUAGGCCUGAAGCAAAACAAGCAACUUCAGCCAUUUUGGGUCAGGCAGGUAGAGUAGUUGCUAAAGAACAAGAGGUUAAAAUGUUCGUAGCAAAGGAGCCAGUGGUUCGAGCUGAAAUUAAACCAAUGAAGUCGGCCAUUUUGGGUCAGGCAGGUGGUGUAGUCGCUAAAGAACAAGAGGUUAAAAAGAUCGUAGGAAAGGAGCCAGUGGUUAGUGCUGAAACAAUACCAAUGAAGUCGGCCAUUUUGGGUCAGGCAGGUGGUGUAGCUGCUCAACGUGUGUCUGAACAGCAGAAACAGGCUGCAGCUGACAUGGGGACUAGACCUGAAGCAAAACAAGCAACUUCAGCCAUUUUGGGUCAGGCAGGUAGAGUAGUCACUAAAGGAGAAGAGAUUAAAAAGAUCGUAGGAAAGGAGCCAGUGGUUGGAGCUGGAACUAAACCAAUGAAGUUGGCCAUUUUGGGGCAAGCAGGUGGAGUAGUUGCUAAAGGAGUGUCUGAACAGCAGAAACAGGCUGCAGCUGACACGGGGACUAAGGCUGAAGUAAAACAAGCAACUUCAGCCAUUUUGGGUCCGGCAGGGAGAGUAGUUGCUGAUUUAGAGGCUAAAAAGAUUGUAGCAAAGGAGCCAUUGGUUAGAGCUGAAACGAUACCAAAGAAGUCAGCCAUUUUGGGUCAGGCAGGUGGUGUAGUUGCACAACGUGUUUCUGAACAGCCGAAACAGGCUGCAGCUGCCACGGGGGCUAGGCCUGAAGCAAAACAAGCAACUUCAGCCAUUUUGGGUCAGGCAGGUAGAGUAGUCGCUAAAGAACAAGAGGUUAAAAAGUUCAUAGCAAAGGAGCCAGUGGUUAGAGCUGAAAUUAAAUCAAUGAAGUCGGCCAUUUUGGGUCAGGCAGGUAGAGUAGUCGCUAAAGGGAUGUCUGAACAGCAGAAUGUUGAUAAAAUUGCUAAAACAAAGGCAGAGCAAGAGUCACUGAUAAAAUUACAAAGCGUAAAGGAGCAAACAAAGAUGGACGCUUUGAAACUGGCUCCAAAAGAUAACGUUAAAAAACAAAUGGUUGAAACGAUCGUAGAAUCACAACAAGCAGUGAAAUCACAACAACCUGACAAAGGCCAACCGAAGGCAGACAUUUUGAAACAGGCUCAAAAAGAAGUCACUAAAGCACAACCGGUUAAAAUGAUUGUAGGACAAGAGAUAAAUCAGAAAGUACAAGUAAUUAAUAAUAAACCACAGAAAGAAAUGACUAAAGAAUUUACUACAUAUAAGGAGAGAGAUGCUAAAGUAGGAGCCACAAUAACAACCAUAGGAGAGACACAAGUGGUGAAAGAAAGAGAACAAAUUAAGGCAGGCAUAUUGGGACUUGCUAAGAAAGAAGCCUCUAAAGAACAACCAAGUAAAACUAUUGUAGGAGUUAGAACAGUGAUGGUACAAGAGAAACCAAAUUCAACAAAACUCCUGAGUAAAACUAAAAUUGAGCCAACUGGACAGGGGCAAAUGGGGAAAAGACAAGACGCCAUAAAUGAACGAGGGACAGCAGCCAUUUUGGGACUGGCUAAAGGACAAACGGUGAAAAAGAUGGUGGAACAGGAGCAAAUGGUGAAGUUAUAUCAAGGUGGAAAAGACCAAACAAAGGCGGACAUUUUGAAACCAAUAGGAAAAGAAAUCGUUAAUAAGAUGAUUGGGCAAAACAAACAGAAUGCAACAAAACCAGUGAGUAAAGUACAGCUAUCUGAACAGGUGCAAGGAGCUGUGAAGGAACAAGAGAAGGCGGACAUUUUGGGUAAAGGGGAGAAAAUCGUAGCCAAAGGACCAGUGGUUAUGGUUCAUUCCAAAUCCAAAAGUGAAAUGGUAAAAUUACGACAAACAGAGAAGGAUCGUCUUGUCAGAGAGAUGACAGCCAUUUUAGAAAAACAACCUGAGAAAGAAGUAACUAAAAAACAAGUGGUUCAAAAGGUAAUCACACAGGAGCAGUUGAAAGUUGAAAAAGUACCAGCAAAGGCGGCCAUUUUAAAACAAAUAAAGUCUAAGUAGUGUCAGAGCAAUGCCAGAAUGUAUGAUAUAGUGAUGAGGAAAAUGGAACAAUACAUGAUAUUGAUGCUCACUUUAUGCUGAGAUAAUCCCAGUAAAGCCUUUUCUAAAGGAAUCAUACGAACUUUUUCAGCUACUCAAUCAGCAUGCAUCCCGCUA